AUGGCACCGACUGGAAACUGUGGUCUGUGCCAGGAGCCGGCCAACCAGGAAAUGCUCACAUGCUCUCAAUUCCACUGCACCUGCUGCGGAUCGAAAAACAGUGCCACCUCGAGUUCCUGGAUGUGCGAGACAUGUCGCCACGUGCCUGAUGAAGGCGAACAUAACCUCGAAACUGAAUCACAUUUCAAGGUUAACCAACCGGGUAACAAAGAUCAGCACGUGGAAGAUGAAGCAAUGCCGGAAGAUCAGCAAAUACUUUUGCAACAAUUAGAGGACGAAAUGUGCCUCGAAAGGGAAUAUCUGCGCCGUAAGUACGCCUUACUCCACACGAGAGUACAGUCAAACGGAGAAGCGAAGAACCAUCCACAACAUGCUGCUGGAAUACCUCGUUACAUAAUGAUGACGGAUUAUAGUGCCACCAACACUCCACAGGCGACGAGUACCAGAGCGCAGAGCAUGCCGUGCAAAGCCAAUGGCAUAACACCACAACAAGUAGCUGCUCGACAAUCAAUGCCGAGGGAAUUACCAGUUUUCAAAGGAGAUCCAAGAGAAUGGCCACUUUUCAUAAGCACCUAUGAAACUAGCACCCGGAUCGGUGGAUACAGCAACGAGGAGAACGCUAUGCGUCUGCAGAGAUGUCUGAAAGGUAGGGCCCUUGAAGCCGUGCGAGACAGCUUACUGUUCCCAGAAAUGCUGCCGAGCGUUAUAAGUACUUUGAGAAUGUACUUUGGACGCCCGGAACACAUAAUAAAACUGUUGAUGGAGAAUGUGCGAAAUUUGCCUCCUCCAAAGGGCAAGCUAGAGCCGCUGGUCGAGUUUGCAUUUGCGGUUAAAAAUAUGUGCGCUACCAUUAGGGCAAGCAAGCUAGAUGCGCACCUGAACAACCCUACGUUAUUACAAGAGCUUAUUGAGAAGAUGGGACCUGAUAUGAUGCUUAACUGGGCCCCACAUUCAAAAUCCAUACCGUACCCGAACAUACAGCACUUAGCGGAUUGGUUGUUUGAGUUGGCUGAAGCGAGUCGUGUAUCGACGCCCAACAUAUUACCAGAAAGCGACAAGAAGAGAACCAACAGAGGAGUGAUGCAUACACAUACCGCAGCGCCCACAGAUAACCAUAAACACACAUUCUGUGCGAUAUGCAAAGGACACCACAAACCAGUGUCUUGCAUAAAGUUGUUGCGGAUGUCAGUCGGAGCCAGGUGGAACGCGAUAAAUAACUAUCACCUAUGUGCUCAGUGCCUCAAAAACCACAAGGGAUCCUGCUGGAGUCGCGUAACUUGCGACAUAAAUGGCUGCAAAGCAAAACAUCAUCAUCUUCUACACAAGGAGGUGACGGAAAGCGUCCUGCACAAUCAUCGUGGGUCACUAACCAACCAGCCAGAAUGCUAUGUUCGAAUCGUUCCAGUCACUUUGCACUCCAAUUCGAAAUCCGUCGAUAUCUACGCAUUUAUGGACGACGGAUCGACUCUAACACUUGUAGAAGAAAAAUUGGCUGAUGCGCUCGUAGUGAAAGGUUUUGCCAAUCCCCUAUGCAUUAGAUGGACCGGCAAUGUUAGUCGGCAGGAGCCGGAAUUCAAGCAGCUGAACUUGAGAAUCUCAAAACAAGGACAGGGUAAUAAAUUAUUUAAAGUAAAUGAAGUCUGCACAGUUAGGUCCAUUGGUCUCUCAGCCGAGACGAUGAUAGCAGAUAGGAUAAAACAGAGAUAUCCGCACUUAAAAAACUUGCCUAUCCCGAGCUUUGUUAACGCAAUGCCUCAAAUGAUAAUAGGCAGUAAUAAUCCGAAUCUCAUAGCUUCGCUAAAGGUGCGCGAAGGAAAAUGGCAGCAACCAAUUGCUGCAAAAACGAGACUAGGAUGGACUAUAUAUGGCGGAUCGGGACGAUCUGGUGGAGGACUCAACCUGCAUCGGUGUCAAUGCGAUCUGGAUUUGCAUGAGAUGGUUAAAAAACAUUUGCUAACGGAGGAAAAAUCACCGCCGAUGUUUACCAAGUCCCCUGAUGAAGAGCGAUCUCUACAGAUUCUGGAGGAUACUGUUAGUUACAGCUCGCAGAUGUACACCACGGGAUUGCUUUGGAAAGAUGGUCCCCGUGUAUUUCCAAAUAGCCUGCCGGUAGCAAAACGACGACUCUUAUGCAUGCAAAAGAAAAUGGCAGCAGACUCUCCUUUUGCAAAUGAGCUACAUAGUCAAAUACAAAACUUGAUAGCCAAAGGCUAUGCCAGAAAGUUGACAGAGGAAGAAGUCCUGGAGAAACCCGAAAAUGCAUGGUACUUGCCCAUUUUUACCGUACGAAAUCCACAUAAACCUGACAGGGUCCGAUUGGUGUGGGACGCGGCCGCUCAAUCAUCAGGAGUAGCCCUAAAUGAUUUUCUUCUGAAGGUGACAUCGCCGAAAUGUUCCAUCGAAUAG